AUGCGCAUGGUCACAUAUGGUGUCCUAGCUGAUUCUGUUGAUGACUACCUUUGGAUUGGGGAGAGCACAACCAUGUUGAGUUUGAGAAAAAUGGUGAUAGUUGUGAUUGAGAUAUUUGGAAACGAGUACUUGAGAGCACUAACUGCAAAGGAAACUGCAAAACUUAUAGCAAUUGGUGCUUCAAGAGGGUUCGCGGGAAUGCUAGCUACUGGGGAAGCUCCACUAGUGAACUUUGAAGUCAAUGGUCACCAAUACAUAAUGGGCUACUAUCUUACAAAUGGCAUAUAUCUUGCUGGGACACUAUCAAUAUCAUACCCUCAAGGUAACAAGAGAAUUUACUUUGCCAAGACUCAAGAAGUUGUGAGGAAGGAUUUUGAGCGAGCAUUUGGGAUGUUGCAAUCUCACUUUGCAAUUAUUCUUGGACCUGGUAGAUUAUGGGACCAAAAGAUGUUGUGGCAGAUCAUGACAACAUGUGUGAUCAUGCACAACAUGAUAAUUGAGAAUGAACGAGGACAAGAGGAAGACUUCGAGUAUGAGAAUGUGGGAACAGCUGUGAAGACCGAGAGGAAUGAAGAUCGAUUGCGAGCGUUUCUUCAAGUGCAUCGCUAG